AUGUGUGGAAUGACGGUGCUUUUAGAUGAUGGUGGAGGUGAUGAAGACUUUGACGUGGGUGACGGGAUCCGGAUGCUGCCGCCUCCUCCGGCUCAGUGUGACGGCGGGGUCUGGGGGGCCCGGCGGGGCCACUGCGGGUGUGUGCUGUGGACGCUGCUGCUGCUGCUGUGGAAUGUCCUGCUGCUGCUGGGGUGUGUGGGGCUGAUGGUCCUGAUCUUCAGUCUCAUUCUGCUGCCUGCCGCCCUGCUGCUGUACGCCGGCUUCCUGUGCCAUUCACGGGUUGUGGCUUCUCAGGCUGCUCUCUGCCAUUACCUUGACGACAACAGUUGCUCUGCCCUCAUCAUCCUGGGCUUUGUCAUGAUGUCUCCGCUGGUUGUGGUUGCUGCUGCCACGUUCUGCGCUCUUCUCAGGCGGCUCCACCUUCUCUUAUAUUUUCAGCCAAUCGCAGAAGCUCGGUACCAAGGGCGGGGCUUGGGCUGGAGGCGGGACAUCCAUGCCUGGGUUUGACUGACAGACGCACCCACCAUUCUUAGGUCAGCGUCCGAGGUGACCUUUAGCAGCAUAGUGUAAAGGUCAAAGGGUGAAUGAUGUCACAGGACAGCGACGGCGUUACCGUAACUCUAUAGAAACAUAAUCAUGUAAAGUGUGUAACACAAUGUAUAUAAUAUAUCCCUGAAUGACCAAAAUAUAACUCUGGAAAUGUUUUUAAGAGAAUCCUGUUUCAGCCAAUUCAAUCUUUUCACAUGAUUGAGAAAUUGAUGCAAAAUUCAAGAGUAAGUGUUACUGUUACCAUAUUAUAUUAUAUGACUACUUUAUUUCCGCACAUGCUAGAUUCGUUAAGUCUGUUUGCGCGCAAUAUAUGACGAUGCUCUGUGCGACGCGAUCACACAAAUGCACAUCAUCACAAUGAAAAAUAUUUCUUUGUUCUGAAGAAAACCAAGGUGUUACAGACUUCUAUGUAACGCGAUUUGAGUGUUACCAAACUGACGUUUCGUGGUUUAUGAAUAAGUGUAGUAGUUUAGAGAUGAGCUUUCUCGCUCAUGUCGAUGUUUAUAUUGGUUGGUCAGCUG